UGUCACCUUAUCGCGGCGCGGACACCACACUACUGCACCUUCACUGUCAGUGCACGUGUCUUUUCCAUUGAGGUGAUGAAGGUAAGGCGGCUGUGCAGGAGGCGUCUGGGUGAGCGACCACUGUGCUGCUAUGUUCUCUGUUCUAUUAGGUGUACAGGAUACUGCAAAGAGAUUUUCUCGUUUGUCUCGUCGUCUUCUUCCCUCAUCACUGCUGUGGAGUCUACCGAGUCAGCAGCUCCUCGAUUCAGCACCAUAGAGCAAGUCGUGGCCGCUAUGACUGCUGCGAGGCGGACAGAGGGAGGGGAGACCACAAGUGCUGCGAUGGGCAAGAUUUGUACCAUGGAGAAGCGCGGGAAAGCUUUCAGAGGAGUGACGGGUAGCAUGAAUGAACAUGAGAAAGAGGGAUGGGAGAAGGAAGACAACAGGAGAUGGGAGGAGGAGCUCUCCUUAACCUCCAGGGUGGCAGACUUCUUCAGCUCAACAACCAUUCACGGGGUCGGCCGCAUCUACAGUGUUGGCCACUGGUGGCGGCGGGCUAUGUGGUUCGCCUUGUGGGCGUGCAUGUCAGUCUGGGCCAUUUACCAGCUUUGUAGUGUGGCUGUGGACUACGCCAAAUAUCCGAAGACCAUCACUCGAAGCACCGAGGAGGAGCGGCUGGUGGAGCUGCCUGCCAUCACCGUGUGCAACCUGAGCCCGUUGCCAGCCACCCCGGCACUAGCCUCACACCCGACCUGGGGCGCCUUCCUCGCCUUGCAGGACGCCGCCACCACGCCAGAAUGCGAUGAGACACAGCCAGAAAUUAGCCAAGUAAGGAAUGCCGAGAGCGUCACCCGCACCACGAGGGGGCGGCACCCUGCGGCAGGUGGCGGUGCUCAGGCCAGCACGCUGGGCCACGAGCAAGGCGGUGAUCUCCAAGCCAGAGUAAAGUUUGAGAAGGUCCGACAAAGUCAACCAAUGAAUCCAUCCCAUUCCUCGUUUGACGGAGGCUUUCAAGCCACGGCAAUGAGACGCCAGAAUGAAGCUUCACGACGGACUCAUGCUAUUACAACACUGAUGCACCACAAGGCAGCCAACGAGCACCUACCAGACAGUGACUCAGAGUACUCAUCCCCUCACGCUUUAGGUAGAAAUGUUCAGAGCGCACCAAUGAGGACGAAUGCAGUAGCGAGUCUUUUGCAUAACAAGAAGAGUAGGAUUGUCUCUCAAGCUCAAUCCUUCAAUUCAGAAGAAACACAAAUCUUUCCACAGAGGUAUAAAACCUACGGGAAGGUCAACCCUGAGCGGAGGAAGCCACAGCCACCCAAUGAACACCUUGAGUAUCCGAGACUCCCUGAGCAACAACACCUAAACGAUCAUCAAGUUCUGGAUGCACUUUGGAAGCAAGAUAGUGAACACACGGAACAAUUCAUAGAUUCAAAGCUAAAGAAUCGAGUCCCACAGCGAGUCAGGAAGUCUGGGAAGGAUAAAGUUCAGUAUAGGGAAGAACUUAUGGAUGAAGAACAGGACCAAAGUGUUCCAUACCGAAUUAUGAAACUCUGGAAGGACAAUGAUCAGUAUAAGGGAGAAAAUAUUAACCUAGGGCAAGAAGUAAGUGAAAUAGAACGCAAUCGAGUCCAUGAGAGGAUGUUACGUCUGACCCAGCAUCGAGAACUCUCAAGAGCAGAAUCCCUGUUUGUUGGUCACGGACAGCCGGAAAGAAGCUCAGCCAGGAGGGAAAAUAUAUGGAAAUUCGAACGUGAAAUGAAAGGGCAGGAUUUCGUAAAAGCUAGAGUACAGUUUGAAGAGAGUGGACAUGCGAUGAGAAACGAUCUGAGGACACUGCCGCUGAAGAAAGCUACUGACGUGGGGACACCAACACCAUCCCGUGCCUCACUCUCCAGUCCCCAGACGCUGAUGGAGAGGCUCAACGAGACAGAAGGGCUGAGUAACAGUUCCGAGGUGGAGGAGAACGACUCGGGCCAGUGUGGGACAGGAUACCUCUCCUGCCGGGACAAUACCUGCUUCAGGGAGCACCGAGCCUGCGACGCCUGGAAGGACUGUCCCGAUAACACUGACGAGGAGAACUGCACGUGCGGCGUUGGGGAGUACAGAUGUAACGGCGUGGAGCUGAUCUGCCUCUCUCCCAACAUGGUGUGUGACGGCGUAUGGCAGUGCCCUCUGGAUGACGACGAGCGCAACUGUGGGAAAUGCCAGAGUGGGGAGUGGCAGUGUAGCAGCGGACUGUGCAUCCGAGACUACCUUCGCUGCGACCACGCCCCAGAUUGCUACGACCAGAGCGAUGAAAUGAACUGUGAAGAGAACAGUACGAGUUGCGCGGCAGGGGAGUUUGCGUGCGGCGAGCUGUGCGUGACCAGUACCUUCCUCUGUGACGGGCGGCAGGAUUGUGUUGAUGGCGCCGACGAACAACAAUGUGGUGAAUGCAGAGAGGGCCUAUUCCAUUGCGGUGGCACUUGUCUCCCUCUGCACCUACGAUGUGACGGGGAAUACCACUGUCCCGACGGCGAGGACGAGGCCAACUGCACGGACGGAAGUGAGGAGUGUCCAGCAGACCACCUUACCUGCUACAAAUGGUUCUCUCACUAUUGUCUACACCCGGCCUUCUUCUGUGACGGAAGAAAGGAUUGCUCUUUUGGCUACGAUGAGGAAGACUGCGGUGAGUGUGGCGAGGGACUGUUUCACUGCGAGGACGACACCUGCGUGCCUCUCCACCAGCGCUGUGAUGGCAGCCACCACUGUCCGGACGGCGAGGACGAGAGGGAGUGUGAGCGUUGCCUUGGAGGGAGUCAUCAUUGCGCAGGUGAAGGAGUGUGUCUCCCCGCCAGCAACUUGUGUGAUGGCUUACAAGACUGUCGCGACGGUUCGGACGAGAUCUGUGGAGACUGUCCCAUGAACUACUCACUGGUGUGCGGGGAUGGCCACUGCCUCCACAACAGCUAUCUUUGUGACGCUCAUCGAGACUGUCGAAAUGGGAGGGACGAGCGAGGCUGCGAGGCCUGCGCGGAGGGCCGAGUGCUCUGCAGUGGCGACGACACGUGCAUCUACUCCUUCCAGCUGUGUGACGGGGAGAUAGAUUGUGUGAAUGGUACAGACGAGCUGGAGUGCGGUUUGUGUGGAGAGGACUAUUUUGUGUGCAACGAUUACAUUUGCGUGCACCAAAUGUUUCGCUGUGACGGCGUCGACGACUGCAGUGGCGCAGAAGAUGAAAUGCAUUGCGAACAAUGUCCUGAGGGCGUGAUGCGGUGCAGCGAGGGGCGCUGUGUUGACCCAACCCGGCGCUGUGAUGGUUACGCUGACUGUGACGGUGCUCACGACGAGAGGAACUGCACUGGGUGUAAGCUGGGACUACUUUGUGAAGACUUGCUGUCCAGCUAUUGCGUGCCGCUGGAACAAAUGUGCGACGGACGAGCCGAUUGUGGAAGUGGAGCCGAUGAGUUGCUGUGCGAGGAGUACGUGGAGGCUUGUCCGGGGCUCGACUUCAGGUGUGAUGACGGCACGUGUGUGGCGGCAAGGUACAGGUGUGACGGGGAGAGAGACUGCUCCACUGGCGAGGACGAAGUGAGCUGUGACAGUUGUGUGGGUGGCGCACAUUACUGUGCAGACAAUGACACGUGCAUUGCCGCCCAUCACCUGUGUGGCGCAGACUGCAGCGCACCAUCACAGGAACAGAACUGCACAGCCGCGGCCGAGGGGUGUCCCGCGGGGCUGGUGUGGUGCGGGAUAGGGAGCUGCGUCAAUCCUCGUUUUCUGUGUUCUGAACCAUGGUCGUCCUCGCCUUGCCCUGAUGAACUACGACGUCGAUACUGUGAGGACGUGUCAUCGUUAGCCGUAGUGCACAACCUGCGUAGUCAGUGCAGCCAACAAUACCGGGAAGUAGUUCGUCUUCAAGGGAGAUCUGUUGUCAGCCCUGCUCAUUCUCAGCAAGAUAUCUGCGACACCUAUCUGGAGACUAUCGACUGGAGUGUCAUCUGCCAGACGGGGAUCUUCUGUGACCACUACGGGUGUUAUGAUGAUCACCUCAGAAGUUAUCAAGAGAGCACGCCUAGACCUGGUUUGCAGUGCUCCAAGUGUGGCGGCACCACUGAUCUCUGCUGGCCCUCCAGAUGGGCGGACGACUGGCGGGCAGGGCGGCUGGAGCAGACCACAUUGAAGCUGAUGUUGCUUCGCCAGAGAGCUGACUUUGCAGACCUUCAAGAAGUGUUCUCUACCCCAGCCGCCGACCAGCUCCUCUACUCCCUCCCCCCUGAGAGCCUCGUUUACUCUUGUUCACUUGACAACACCCCCUGUGACUAUCGGUGGUUCUUCACGUGGCCCAGUGACACACACGGCAUGUGCUACACCUUCAACGCGAGACACAGCGACAAUCUCACCCUCCCCCGCCCGCCGGCCGCCACCGCUCACGUGGGCCCCAAGAAUGGACUUCGCUUGGCGCUCACAGUUCACCCUGGCCUGUCGCUGUUAUCGCCUGAGAUGGGGCUGCGCGUGGUGGUUCACAAUCCCUACCACUUGCCGGUGCCAGAUGAACAGGGAUUCAAUGUGGGCCCGGUGCUUCCUCCGUCUCUGUCAGCCGGGUGUGCAGGCAAGUGUGUGUGGAGCGCGAGAAGAGAGAACGCUGUGGGUGCGGAGAGGGAGCAAGCCCGGUGCAUGAUGAGCUACUCCCGCCGCCACUGGGCCUCUGCUCCCGCCAGAACGCUACGCAAAUGGGACACUCUACUCAGCAAUCUUGGUGGUUCACUGGGGCUGUUCGUAGGCGUGUCCAUGGUUAGCAUCAUGGAGGUACUGGAGCUGCUUCUUGACAUAUUCCUCCUCACUCUGCGCAGACCACCACGCAUGCGGCAUCCACCCGCCAGUGAAAGGAAGGACACCGUAGGCAGCAGGAGAGAGUCACCAACUAGCUCUCUUUCAUCGUCAACAAAAAAGGACUUACUUACUUUUCCUAAUAUCAAACGUAUUUCCCCAUAUAUGAGUCCGUCUUGUUCUGUUUCUUCUAGCAGACUCUCGCGGUCAGCAGUCACGUCCUCAAGCAAUGACCAGGUAUCAAAAGACGCAGUUAUUUCUAGAAUCCCUGCUCAUGCCGACGUGAUUGGUACAAACUUGCAGGCAGUAAAGAAAGAACUGGAAUAUUUAAAAGGUACUGAACGGGAGAGUCCCAUCUGGCGGCGAGAUAAGGAGGGGUCCUUCGUUCUCAGUCCAAGAAGUGCCUUCAGCGCUCUCUUCCUGAGCCGCCACACAUGACCAACUCGGCAUGCAGUGCACCGCCUUGGGGAAGGAUUGAAAUAAAGUCUUGAGUACAUCUUACUUAUGAAUUUUGUGAAGAUCACCAUACAGAGAUGGCAACACUACAGCUGUACUAGUUGCACGCUGCCUCUUGCAGCUGCAGACUUUGUCCGCAUGAUACAUUUAACGUUAGAUCGGUUUAUCUGUGUGUCUGUAUGUCUCACGUGUAAUCCUUUUGGGACCUUGAUAACCCCUUUUUAAUUCUCUUCGUUUUCGUUGUUUUUGCUCAGUUCCCCUCUUACAUGAAAAAUAAACUGGAGUUAUAAUCAUAGCACGGUGAUAUGUUUCCCCUGGUCUCGUCACCACUUGUGUUGGCUACCUGCUUGGUGAAGCAGUUUCCUUACCUAUAGCUCUGACAAAAGUAUCUAUCAUAAUUUUUUUUCCACGGUAGCUGUCAUUGGCUAGACCUGCCUCAGAUGUGUGUGAUAAG